AUGAUAUUCUUUAACCUUUCAGAGCUUUUUGGCUCAUAUCUGGGAUCAGGAAGUCUCUCUACAGAAAAACUGUCUCCUGCUCAGUGGUCAGCUCUGGCCUUCAUCUUAGUGACAUCAGGAGAAGAUCUGGAUGUGUUUGACCUGAAGAAAUACUCUGCUUCAGAGGAGGCUCUUCUCAGGCUGCUGCCUGUGGUCAAAGCUUCAAACAAAGCUCUACUGAAUGACUGUAACCUCUCAAAGAGAAGCUGUGAAGCUCUGGCCUCAGUUCUCAGCUCCCAGUCCUCUAAUCUGAGAGAGAUGGAUCUGAGUAACAACAAGCUGCAGGGUUCUGGAUUGAAGCUGCUGUUUUCUGGACUGAAGAGUCCAAACUGCAAACUGGAAACUCUCAGGUCUGAACAUCUGUCCAGGUUACAUUUGAGCCCUUAUUUUAUAUUGUUGAAUGUUUAUGUGAUAUACUCAGAAUACUGA